AUGCUCUCGGGCUACUCUCGCGCCGAGCGAUUCGCCGAGACGAUGGAGAUCUUCCAUGCGAUGAGGGCCGCGAUCGGCGACGAGCUCCUGCCGACGAGGGUCUCGAUCGCUGCCGCGCUCACUGCUUGCGCAAAUCUGCUCGAUCUGGAGUCCGGGGUGGAGAUCCACGCGCUGGCAGCGCGAUCCGGGGUGGAGGCCGAUGUGGGCGGUCUCUUGAUCCACAUGUACGCCGCCUGUGGAGAUCUGGAUGCUGCCAAUCGGGUCUUCGAUGUCGCCAUGGGCGGAGCUUCGAUCAAUCGCGACUUGAGCUCCUGGAACUCGAUGAUCACGGCCUAUACCGAUAGGAAUCUCUGGGAGGAAGCGCUCUCUCUCGUCCACCAGAUGCACCACCAGGGCAUGGCCUUCGACGACAUAAGCUUCGUGACCGCUCUCAACGCCUGUGCCGCCGCGGGAUACCGUGGGAUACCGCACGGUACAUCCGUACACCUCUGCGUCGCCGAGGCCGGGCGGGAAGAGGACGUGAUCAUCCGCACGGCGCUGCUCAACAUGUACGGCAAGUGCCGCGACCUGUGCCGCGCGGACGCCGUGUUUGACGCGCUGCGGCGCUCCGGCCAGAGGCUGGAUCUCAUCGCGUGGAACGCGAUGGGAUCGGCUCUGGCCCAGCACGAGGAAUUCGAGCGCGUUCUCACGCUCUACGGGGAAAUGCUACUCGAGGGCGUGACGCCGGAUGAGAUCUCGUUCGUGAACGCCCUUACCGCCGCCGCCACUGCUGGUCGCGAGACGUUGGCGGCGGUGCACAGCCACGUCGUGCAGCGCGGCAUGAAUCGCGACGUCGUGGUGGCUACCGUACUCGUGGCUGCGUACGGCAGUGCCGCGGAGGUGAGCCGCGCGGAGGAGGCCUUCGCGGCGGUACCGCCGUACCGCCGCGACGUCGUGCUGUGGAACGCCAUGAUUGAUGCCCAUGGCGGCACGCCGCCGGCUCUCCGUACGUACGACUCCAUGGACAUCGCGCCGGACAAGCUUACCCUAGUUCUUGCGCUCAAUGCGUGCGCGGGCAUGGCGGAGCUCACCGCCGGGGAGAGAAUCCACCGCAGGGCGACCGAUCUCGGCUUCGAUCGCGACGUCGGCGUGAUCACAGCACUGAUCCACAUGUACGCGAGCUGCGGCCGGCUGGAGCAAUCGCAGAAGAUCUUCCACGGCGCUCAAGAACACACGAUGUUCAUGUGGAACGCGCUGGUGUCUGGAUUCGCGCGGCGCGGCCAGUCGGAGCGAGCGAUCGCGCUGUUCGAGCGGAUGCAGCAGAGCGGGCACCGCGCGGACGCGAUCGGCUUCGUGAGCAUCCUCAGCGCUUGCAGCCAGGCGGGAUUGAUCGGUCGCGGGUGUGGAUAUUUCGCGUCGCUGCUCCACGAUCACGGGAUCUUGCCCUACCGCGAGCACUACGCUUGCAUGAUCGAUCUCUUUGGGCGGGCGGGGCGGCUGGAGGAGGCGGAGGAGUGGCUCCGCAAGAUGCCGGCGCACAAGCUGAGCAAGAGCGUGUGGGAGACGCUGCUCGGGGCGUGCUCCAUCCACAGCGAUGUCAAGCGCGGGCGGCGAGCGGCCGAGGAGCUCUUUGAGAUGCAGUCCAGGAAAUCGUCGCCCUACGUGAUCAUGGCCAAGCUCGCGAUGCUUUCGUCGAAUCGGGGCGAGUCGUGA